AUGGGUCGGGUUGAAAAGAAUUUGUCCCGAUCAACCCGGUCACGCCCGGUCUCUUGUCUGUUUUGUCGAUCGCGGAAGUUGAGGUGCAGUCGGCAGUUCCCUUGUCCCAAUUGCACUAGUCGCGGUCUUGCGUGCCAGCUUGGUGGUCCAGCCCCUUCUUCUGCUGGAAGCAUCGAGGGUUCACCUGAAGCCCCACCUGAUACCUUCAGGCAAGAUGUCUUGGAACGCUUACGCCGGCUGGAGGAGAUCGUGGCUGAGAAAAGGAAACCACCAAACAUUGUGGAUGAACAAACAUCACAAGAACAACCUCUUCGGCCUUGGCAAAAAGGCAAUCCCCCUUCAGCAUCUGUGAAAGGACCUCAAGAUUCAGAUAUCGAUGUGGAUUGGCUGGAAGGAGAGGUUACAUACUCUAUCCCGACGGACUCACUUGUCGCUUAUGAUAUAGAGUUCAAAACAUGCUCAAUUAAGAAGGCUGCCCAUGCUGCUUCCGUCUUCGAAAAGAGGCACAAUUCGGCUGUUGCAACUAGAUGUGUUUGGUUGCCCUUUCAUGAUGAGGCUAAAGAAAUUGUCAACAAAUAUCUGACGGACAUCACAUAUAUUCACCAUGUGGUGCACAUACCAUCAGUGAAAUCAAGUGUGGAUGAUCUAUACCGGGGCUUAUCUACAGGUGAUCCGGGUUCAAUAAAGUUGGGACAUGUUGCAUUGCUCCUUGCAAUUCUAGCGAGCACUACUUUUUUCUGGACUGAACUGGAUAUGAACUCGCCAUUAUUUUCCUCGGUCGCGGAGGCAAAUGAACAAGCAGCUCUGUGGUUGAAGAUUUCUCUUGACGUGCUUGAGUACUCUCGUCGCAAGGCAUUGGACUCACUCGAGGAUGUACAGGCAAUGAUAAUUGUUGGCUUUAUGGUCACCAACCUGGUUGGUGUCGCAUCGCAAGCGUGGUAUGUAUUCUCAAAUGCCAUAGCCGUCGCACGUCGAUUAAGUUUACAUCGUAUCGAUCAUCCCCGACAUGGCACAAUUGAUGGCUCCCACCCAGGCUCGAUUCAAGCGGAAAUAGGUCGGAGGGUAUGGUGGUAUUUAGUCGCGACAGAUUGGCAAUUCUCCCAAUACGCAGGCCCACAAAAAGGGACAUAUUCCAUCAACCCAAAGCACAUGGCUACCAAGAAGCCUCUCAAUGCAAAUGAUGAAGAUCUUGUGGACGGAGCCACUUAUGUGAACAAGCCGAUGGACCGACCAACAUCGAUGUCAUAUUCUCUUCAACGAAUUCAAUUAGCAGAACUUUGCCGGGAGGUAACUGAUAGAAUUCCCUUCGCAGAAUCGUGCUAUGAAACCUCCAAUUAUCAACAUAUACGGGACGUCGACGCGCAGAUCUGCAAAAUCAUCAACGAAAUGCCUUCGUUCUUUUCUCUUGAUAAUAGCUCAGAGAAAGUUGCUUCGGAUAACCCACAGACCCCACCUGGAAUCAUCAUCCAGCGCUAUGUAAUCAACUCUUUGCUUCAUGCUCAAAGAUGUAGGCUCCAUCUACCCUACUUGUCUCGAGCAGCCGUAGAAUCCGAGGACGAUUUCUCAAGAGAGGCAUGUUUACAAGCUGCGCGGAUGGUUAUACGGAUGGAGAGACUGCUAGCAACGGAGCGUAUCCCUUUUGUGAUCGCAAGAUUAAGAUUCUCGGGAGUACUACAUUGCGUGUGUAUGGCAAUCAUCGUCUUACUGAUGGAUGUCUGCCUUAACAAAAGCAUUCGGCCCGAAGAUGACCAACAACGACGGGCGGAGAUUUACAAUGCAUUCAGCGUACUGGAAGAAGCCAAGGGCCAGUCUCCAUUUGCCGAGAAGAUCUUAGAGUCAUUUUACGCAGUCCUUUGGCGACACAAAGCCCCCAUUCCAGGCGUUAGUGGCAAGACAGUGGUCCGAGCCGAAAAUGACGGCGAGCACCCACCCUCUGAGUCGAUCACGGAUUCUACAACGUCAAUAAAUAUCCCGAUUGAGUGUAACGAAAAUGGCCCAUGGGAUCCGACUCUUCCGACAUUUGAUGAUCUUUGGCAACAAUUUGAUAACAGUGUGGACCCUAGUGCUUCCUUCGACUGGACUUCUCUGUUCGCAGAGUUGGAUGCACCUUUCGUUUCGAUCUCGAGGUGA